GUCAGUUGAGGAUAGAACAUGCUCGCGGACAGGUACUGAGCGUCGGUGCUACACAGAAGGGUUUUAAGACUCAAAUUGUUGCACGAGGACACUGGCCGUACUCCAGUGCCACCACAAGGAAGGCCUGGCAGCAGGACAGUGAGGCUCCUGUUGAAGGAAAAUGCAGCAACAGUGAACAUUACUAGCAACUUAAUGUGACUUCUGUGAUAUUAACAUGUAACAUUUUAUGCAUGGAAAUAUGCUAAAUUGAGAAAAGACGAUAUAGUGUGUGCUUAGUUGUGGGGCAGAAGAGCGCUGCGUGUGCUGUGGUGGCACCCUCGACAAUAAUGUCUCUGCUGUCGCUGACGGCGAAGAUGGUGGCAGCGGUGCAGUGUGGCGGAGGCUCCCUCGGCUCCAGGUCCCGAAGGAAGAAGUUCGAUGACAACCAGUGGUGGGAAUUGUUUGACAUCAACACAUCACGGUUCUACUACUACAACGCCACAUCACAGAAGACUGUGUGGCACCGACCCCAGAACUGUGACAUUAUUCCACUAGCCAAGCUCCAGCAAAUCAAGCAAAAUACUGAAGUAGCAGAGGACGAGGAGGGACGCAAGGUGGUGCGGGAAUCCAUUGGUACACAGACACCUUCCAAGGCAGGGCCGCAGCUUGCCCUGACCCUCCCUGCGGCUGUGACUUCCCAUCCCUCUCUCGGCCUCCAGCUCCACUGCACAACUCCCAGCAAGAAUGGUCCACUCCCCACCGGCCGAGCAUCUCCCAAAAAUAUUCCGCCACAAACUUUCCAAGUAUCUUCUAACAGUGGUUCAACCUUUUCACCUAAAGUAUCUCCCAGUAGCUCAUUAUCAUCAUCACGAUCAUCUCUCAGUAUGGUUCCAAGUCCAGGGUCACUUCAAAGAUGUCACAGUACUCUUCUUGGGAGAAAAGGAACAAGGGGGUCGCUACCGGGGAUAGGCAGUGGGACAAGAGGGUUGGUAACGGGGCUUGGUAUUGGCUCUCGGAGAUCUCAGCCAGGAAGUGGGAGUGGAAUGCGGGAACUUGGGGUUGAGAGUGGAUCUUCACGGGGACAGCAGCGGUGGUCAGGUGGUGUGUCACACUCACGCUCCUCUGGCCUGGGAUCAUUGCAGAAGAAAGAAGGUGGGCCAGAGGGUCUCUCAUUUCCGCACUCCUUAUCAAAGAGGGUGAUCAGCUCUACGACACAGACGUCCCCAGUGCCCUCUCCACGACCCUCUCGAAGAUCCUCGGCCCACAGUGCCCCCACCUCCAGUGUGGCAGGUGGAGUAGGAAGUGGUAGUACUGGUGGUAGUGGGGGCAGUAGUAAUCACCACCACCACCACCAUCGACACACUGGUUCAUGUUCACACCACCAUCACCACCACAGUGAUGCAAAUGGAGAGACAGGUGGAGGCAGAAGGGUGCGGCGAAGCUCUCAGUCCUCACAGGGAUCUUCAUUCUCCUAUUCUCGGCCUUACAAACAGGAAUCUGGGAGAUCGAGUGACAGUUCCAUGUCUCAAAGCCGCACCUCUCUGGAAAAUUCUGGGUAUCGGCUAUUGGAGUCACCUCGGGGUGGACCAGGCUCAAGGGAUUCAAAACGUGGUGGAUCAGCUAAUAGUCGGGGUAUUGGAGAGAGGCGAAGUAAAGAUAAAGAUCCAGUUUCUCCUCGUUCCCCAGAUUCUGUGUCAUCCCAUUCAUCCCCUACACACCCACAACAGGGUGCACCAACAACUCCAUCUUCUCAUCGUCGUGCUCAUACCGAUACACAUGACCCAUCUUCUACUAAAUAUAAGGUUAUUCCUCAACAUGACUUUUCACACUUACAAAUAGCUAAACAGCGCAGCUUUGAUGUUUCUAAUUAUCCAAAGCGCUCAGAGCUAAACCUAGACCGACCAAGAGAAAUGGCUCUCUCUCGCAGUUACAGUUUUAUGUCUAGGCCACGCUACCAUGAUGAAGAUGGAAUGCAUGAGCGUUUUUUAAUUGGUGCUAUGAGAUCAGUAGAGUCGACACCACAACCUCGGCGACGCCAAAAAGGUUUGGAUGUAGUGGCUGGAAGUCCCGACUCUCUUGGUUCACAUGGUUACCUUAAUUAUCGCCAAAGAUCUGACAGCUCAGGCUUAGAAAGCCUUGCUACUCCAAUGAUGCACCGCAAGCAACGCUCUCUUGAAUCUGGGAAGUCAAGGUUGAAAAUGGAUAUACGAUCCAGUAACAGUGCACACACCAGACUUGUUACAUCAGAUUCUAGUCCAAGUCCUCCUAGUCCCAAACAUGAGUUUUUACCCUUCAACUUUGACUCUCCUCGAGGUCAAGACAGCGGAGCAUCUACUUUAACUGACAAAGACACAAGGUCUAACUAUGGUCGUGGCUCUGCAGACAGCUCCCCUCACUCUCAGGUUGACUCGGGGCUGGUCUCUGGAACAACAGGAAGUAGAGGAUCUGUUGAUAGUAAUUCUCGACGAACUGACUCUCACCAGGCAACAGUUGACAAAGAAUCUUCAAAGGAUCCUGCAGUUGAAAAUUCCAAUAAAGCAUCCUCAGUCAAGAGUGGUAGCGAUCGCGAUGGGCGCCGCUGCAAUCAUCGUCGUCACCACCACUGCAGUAAACAUCGCGGAACUACAGCCACCAGUACCAACACAACAAAUGCCACUGCUGCCACCACUGACAGUGAUCGCAGUGACACUUUACAGAGCAGCAGCAGUUCUCAACAUCUGGUCCACACAGGGAGCAAUAACAGUCAGAAUCACAAUUCUAGCUCAGGCAGCAGCAGUACUGCAAAACAAACAAGCCCCAAUAAUAGCAAACAACUGAGUCCUAAUAACGGAGGGAGUAGCAACACUAAGCAGCCAAGUCCCAUCAGCGUGUGCAACACAGGGAAGCAAGACAGUAGCCCGCAACACCAUGAUUUGACUCAUUUAUAUUCCAAUCUGGACUAUGUGUACGAGCAGCCAGUUUACCAGUACAUUAUGGAACAAGCAAAACUUACAGGCUACAGACUUGGAGACCCACUUUAUGAAGAUGCAGAUUCCUUGCACAGUGAUGAUUCUGGUGGCCAGCAUGAUGAUAGUGAUGAAUUUGCAGAUGAUGAAGGAAUGUCUAAUGCCGAUUCCUCUUCACAGGAGUACCUUGAGGAUGUUAAUUACCUGGCGGACGAUGAGAUGUAUGCUCAGUUUUUCACACCAUAUACUUGGAAAAAUAAGAGCAAACCAGAAGGAGAAGAAGACAUUCCAGAGAGUAACAAGGUCUCAAGAAUUUCGCCAGCUUCCUCGACUGCUCCCAUAAGCAGUGGAGCGCCGGGAAGCUUGGUACAGAUUUCAACUCCAUCGGCACCGCGGCCAAUCAUCACCAACAUCACUGCAACUCCAAUGCCGCCAAAUAGCCUACCACUGGAUACGCAGCACGCAUCACUGAGAAGAAAGAAGGAUGCUCCGAAUCAUCAACCAUUGUAUUCUCCCAUACUGGAGAAGGGCGAGCUAAGUAACCGUGAUGGCAGCAGCAGCAGUGGCCAGUUGGGCAACCGUCCAUUGUCUAUAUCCAUCCCCAAUAUGAUGGACUCUGCCUUGACCACUAACCCCAUCACUGGCUCCCUCCAUCGCCCACCUCAGGGUUUGACUGCACUUUCUCUUAUGAAAAAGCCUCCUUCCGAGUCUGACUUUGAGCGAUACAGCAGUACUGGUGGUGGUGGUGGUGGUGGUGGCAGCGAUGGUCAUAAUCUUAUGGAGAAGUAUGCUCAGGAAAAUCUCAACAUUCACACUCGUGGUCUUUUACGAAAAAAAGUUCCGGUUAUAGAUAUGAUUUCUUGGACAAAGGACCCAAUUCGGAAACCAAUGUUGGCAACUUUGGACAAAUCUGUAAAAAAUCAAGCCUGUGAGCUUUUCAGACUGGUUCAAAUCUACAUGAGUGAUCGGAAACCUAAACCUGGAAUGACACUUAAUUCAGUGGGCCUAGAUAUUGUCAGUAUGUGUUAUAAUUCCCUUGGACUUAGGGAUGAGCUCUUUGUUCAGAUCUGCAGACAAACUACAGAAAAUCAUAAAAGAGAUAGUUUACGACGAGGUUGGGAGCUUCUAGCUAUCUGUCUCGCAUUCUUUCCUCCAUCGGAUAAAUUUGGCCCCUACUUGGCUGGUUAUAUUGCACGACAUUGUGAUCCUGCCUAUUGUGCCAUGUUCCCUGAUGUCUCCAAAUGGCCUAUCCAUAUUCAGGUCGCGCACUAUGCUGGAGUCUGCAUGAAACGCCUAGAAAGAACAACAGUCAAUGCAAAGAGACAGCGAUUGAGAAAGCCCACAUUAGAGGAAAUCGAUUUGGCACGCUUGCAUAUUUUCCGAGCAUCAAUGUUUGGUGGCACAAUUGAGGAAGUCAUGGCUCUUCAAAGAGACAGGUAAGAAAA